AUUCGCUACCAGUCGUGCCCACCAGCUGACUGAAGAGGUGAAGCCAUGGCACCAACACUGUUUGACAAAGAGCCAAAGCCAGGGGACCUUAUCGAGAUCUCUCGGGGGGCAUAUAAACACUGGGCUGUCUACAUUGGAGGAAAUGAAGUUGUUCAUUUACUGCCUCCGACACAUCCAGGUGGUGAGUUGGGAUCCUUCGGUGAACUGCUGACGUUACUAGACAGCGGUAAGGCGCAGGUGAGGCGUCAGAAGAUCUGGGAAGUUGUCGGCUCCAGCGAAUUUGAGGUCAAUAAUCUUCUGGAUAAUGAGUACAGUCCUCGUGAGCCUCUUGCCAUUGUGAGGGAUGCCUGCAGGAUGGUCGGUCGAGAGCUGCCUUACUGUAUCGCUACUCAGAAUUGUGAACACUUUGUCACAGAGCUACGUUAUGGAAAGCCAGAGUCCCGACAGGUUCAAACAGCAGCUGUGAUUGGAGGCGUCGCGGUGGCAGGUGUAGCCGCUGCAAUUUUGGGUGCCGCGCUGUUUUCCUCCUUCAACAAGGACGAAAACAAAAGAAGAAGAAAUUAUAGGUGAUUGCAGUGACUGAUAUCAUUAAUAUCAGUAAAAAGGAAGGAAAUAGUUUGUUGGUGUAACAAGGUCAGCAGAAACAAUAAGUUAAUCACAGUGAGGAUUUCUAGGAUUAAAGAUAUUUUUGGAAUUGUGGGUGAUUUUAGAACACUUAAA